AUGUUUUACGCCGGGCAUCUGUCUGCUUUAACCACCGUCUCCUUUUCUCUUCUACCGUCUCCUGCCCAUCACACACCGCCUUCGCUGUUGGAAACGAAUGGUCCAACUCUGUUAUUUAGCCCUCCAAAUAUUCACACCUUAGCUCAACAGACCGACGAUGGAUCUCAGUAUUACAUUCUCCUCAUCCUAACUGAUGGCAUCAUCUGUGACAUGCCUCAGACCAAGGCAGCCGUUGUAAAUGCAUCGAGGCUUCCAGUCAGUAUAAUCAUCGUAGGAAUCGGAGCGGCCGAUUUUUCAGCGAUGGAAGAGUUGGAUGGCGAUGAAAUUCGUCUCACUUCGAGGGGUCGACGUGCUGACCGGGACAUUGUUCAGUUCGUUCCCUUUGACGACUUUGUCAACUUGACCUCAGUAAUGGAUACGAAAAGACAGUUGGCACGAGCAGUUUUGGCCGAAAUUCCAGACCAGCUAAUUUCCUACAUGCGAUCCAGGGGCUACAAACCCAAAAAUCUGGGCCGAAAGCAGAGUCAAAUGUCUCGGUUCUCGAAGACCGCCACAAACAGUAGCAAAAUCGAGACGGACAGCUCCAAUAGUUAUAGGCGCUCGGAUUACUGUAAUCUCCAAUCAUCCUCACCUUCUGCUCCGCCCCAUCCUUCCAUUUGA